GAAGAUCAGUCCGGUGUCGAUCGUGGCCGGAGACGAACUCUCACUCGCGCGGUCGAACCGAAUCCCGAGUGUUCCCGAGACUUAAUCCAAUCCUACUUCUUCUCCUACUCCUCGAUCCUCCUGUGUGUCCUUCCUUGUGUGUUUUCGUAGGGCUCGUGGAUAGGGUGACACCGUGGCUCCUGUGCACCGUGGUGAUGUGAGUUCGGCAAACGCACCAUAGUUUUGUGUCCCAAAAACCCCAACAGGAAGUGAGAAUCGGAAAAUGGCACCGAUCGGCGAUGCUGCUGCCGGGGAGGAGGUGGUGAGCGAGCAGCCGAAGGCCAGUGCGCCCGAAACGGUGGAACCCGACCAGCCCGCACCCGAGGCCAACGGGUACCGUGUGGCGGAAGCGAAGAAAAGUGCCAAAGAGGCCGAAGCUACCGGAGAGUGUCCGGAGAUGGCGAAAAUGCUGCCGGAAGACCUGGAGGACCUGUAUCGCGAUAUGCCCCUGACAAAGGACACGACCUGUGGCUUUGGGAUGUUCCGUGGGCCCCUGCUCCAGAGGUUCGCCAACAAGAAGGUGUACGUUUUUAUGUACGGCGUCGCGGGCUGCGUCUUUUCGGCCACGUUCGCGUACUUCAACGGCAUCAUCACGACGCUGGAGAAGCGCUACAAGAUCCCCAGCAAAAACACGGGUCUCAUCUCCGUCGGGAACGACAUCAGUGCGCUGCUGUUGUCCGCCAUUCUGAGCUACUACGCCGGCAAGGGUCAUCGACCGCGCUGGAUCGCCUUCGGACUGCUGCUGACCACGGUCUUCUGCCUGCUGACAGCCCUGCCGCACCUCCUGUACGGUCCGGGUGAGGCGGCCCUGUCGUUGACCACCGAGUACGGCGCUACCUACGAUGCCAACCAGACCUUCGAGGUGCUCGAGGCCCAGAAAGCCAAGACUCUCUGUCGAAGCGAUGGGAGCCGUGGCGCGGAGUGCGAGAAGGAAGAGGGCAACCUGGCCCCGCAGGUGGUCCUGUUUGUGGCCCAGUUUAUCUCCGGUAUCGGUACCUCGCUCUUCUACACGCUCGGCGUUUCUUACAUGGACGACAACAUAAAGAAGUCGAAGACUCCGGCGCUGGUCAGCGUGUCGUACUUCCUGCGCAUGCUGGGGCCCGCGAUCGGCUAUACCCUGGCGUCCUACUUCCUGAAGCUUUACAUCUCGCCCUCGAUGACGCCGACCAUCACCAACACGGACCCGCGGUGGCUCGGCGCCUGGUGGAUGGGCUGGCUCGUCCUCGGGCUCGUGCUCUCGUUCUUCGCCGUCUUCAUGGCCAUGUUCCCGAAGGAGCUCCCGCGAGCCGCCAUCCGGAAGCGGGUCGCGGUCGAGAAGCAGAAGCUCGGCCUGAAGGUGAGCGAGGCCGCGAAGCGCGAGGACGAGCUGCCAGCCUCGUUCAAGGACAUGCUGAAAACGUUCAAGCGUCUUCUGCGUAACAAGAUUCUGAUGCUGAACAACAUAGCCUCGGUGUUCUACUUCUUCGGCUACAUGCCGUACUGGAUCUUCACGCCCAAGUACAUCGAGACACAGUACAAGCAAUCGGCCUCGACCUCCAGUCUGGUGACCGGAACCGUGGCGCUCGUCUUCUCCGCCGUCGGCGUUCUCCUGUCCGGGCUGGUCAUCUCGCGCUACAAGCCCCGCGCCCGCUAUAUGGCCGCUUGGAACGUGCUAGUGGGAAUCCUGUCGGUCGCGGGGAUGAUCGCGUACGCCUUCCUCGGCUGCUCGGCCAGCGAGAACUCGGUUAUCGUCAACAUCGUCGACUCGUCGGUAGGAGUCACCACGCCGACGUGCAAUUCGGCUUGUCAGUGCGACUACGUCCGGUACUCGCCGGUUUGCGGCGAAGACGGAAACACGUACAUCUCGGCCUGCCACGCGGGCUGCCGGCUCCAGGCGCAGCAUGGCGAGCUGAAAAUCUACGGCGAGUGCUCUUGCAUCACGUCGGUGGCCAACUACACUAGCCCGCUCUACACCCAGCUGCUGAUCGACGGGAACCGCACAACGUGGACCCCCGGGUCGUCGCCGGUGUACGGUGGCGGCGGGUCGGCCAUCGCGGGACCGUGUCCGCUCGAUUGUUACCGCGAGUUCGUGACGUUCCUGAUAGUGAUGUGCUUCCUGAAGUUCUCGGGCGCCACCGGGCGGGCCAGUAACUUCCUCGUUUCGGUCCGGUGCGUCGACGAGCGGGACAAGGCCGUGUCGAUGGGCUUCGGCAUGAUGGUGCUCAGCCUGAUGUCGUUCAUCCCGAGCCCGAUCUUCUUCGGCCUGGUGCUGGACAAAACGUGCCUCGUGUGGGGCAAGACCUGCAGCGGUAAGGGAAACUGCUGGCUGUACGAUGGCCACACGCUGCGCUACCUGCUCAACUUCAUUGCGGCCGCGUUCGUCCUGGUCGGCACGCUGUUCGACUGUGGCGUCUGGUACUACGUGAAGGAUCUGAAAAUUUUCGACGACGAAGUGAACGAGAAGGAGCUCGAGCUGGCCGACAAGGAGGAGGAAGCCCUCACCGAUCGGCCCACUUAGGGGGCUGGUGCGCUCAGGUCUGCGGUCCGUGGUGCGUGCUCCAUCACUUCCUACUAAGCUUAAUUCGCGUUUGAUGUUUACAUCGUUUUUUUAUUAUUUUAAUUCCGUUUAUUUUGUAAAUACAAUCGUUGUUACAG